CGGUAUCGAGGCAAACGCACGUCGUCGUCACUAGGUUCGCAUCGCAUACGAUCAUCGUUCCAGUUUCUGCAGCUUCUCCAUCGAUCUUCGAAUUUGAUCCAAAGAAACGGUUCGUCGCUUAACGGUGCGUUCGAGUUACGGCGUGGUUACUUAACGGUGCGCGCGUGUGUGUCUGUGAAUUAGAGCCAACGUGCGUUGUGCAGUGCAUCUUUCUGUGCAAUCGAAUCCCCGGAAGUCUCGAAAAAAUCGACACAAAAUGGUGCAACAAACCUACAAAGCUGGCGGUAAAUGGCUGCGCUACGGAGCGAUGGCGCUAGUGGUCGUUGCUUUCCUCUCGAUUGCACCCAUCAGCGCACAUCCGGCCAUAGAGCAGGACGAUUUGGCUGAUGGUAAGGUUGUGAAUCAGAAUGCGGCCGUCAUCAACCAGCCCCGUUCGAGCAUACUGGACAACAUAUUCAAUAUCCCCAUCCAAACGCUGAAGGCAGUGAAUGAUCUGGUGCAGAGCAUCGCCGGAAAUUUGCAGCAAGCUGGCUCCGGCAGCUACUUCCGGGCACGCAGCGGUAGCCAGCUGCGCAACAUUAACGUCAACGUCGACGAUGACAAGGUAGAGGAGAACGAGACGCACGAGGCCAAGCAGCAGGCGGCAAAAAAGGGAAAAUAAAAAUAAAAUUGGAAAGACGAAGACGACGACGAGGCCCUUCGGAUAGGGGGCAAACCCACUAGCUGUAAAUAUUGCGAGGAAUCGACUGUGAUCGACGGACCGACCGUCGUUGUGUGUGCUUGCGAGGUGAAGAUGCAGAUGCGUUUGAUGUCGUUAGAUGUUAGAGCGUAAUAAAUCGUUUGCACGUGUUAU